AACAACACCAACAACAACAACAACAACAACAACACCAUCCACUACAUUGACAACCCUUUCAACAACAAAACCAUCACCUCCUAAGGCUAAAGAGUUCAAGUCAGUUGACCAAAAUGAGACCAGCAUAACUCUGCAGUGGAAAAAAGUGAAGGACAUCCCCAACUAUACACUUGAAUACAAUGGAACAGUGAUAAAUGUCACUGCAUCACCGGGGUUAGGAAACAUGAAUUAUACAAUCUUGGAGCUCACAAGUAUGACUAAAUACAUCUUCACUGUGUUUGAAAAUGUCAGAAGCAGCGGAGUAAGCAUCACUGCAUUUACUGCACCUCCUAAUGCUAAAGAGUUCAAGUCAGUUGACCAAAAUGAGACCAGCAUAACUCUGCAGUGGAAAAAAGUGAAGGACAUCCUCAACUAUACACUUGAAUACAAUGGAACAGUGAUAAAUGUCCCUGCAUCACCGGGGUUAGGAAACAUGAAUUAUACAAUCUUGGAGCUCACAAGUAUGACUAAAUACAUCUUCACUCUCUUCACUGUGUUUGAAAAUGUCAGAAGCAGCGGAGUAAGCAUCACUGCAUUUACUGCACCUCCUAAUGCUAAAGAGUUCAAGUCAGUUGACCAAAAUGAGACCAGCAUAACUCUGCAGUGGAAAAAAGUGAAGGACAUCCUCAACUAUACACUUGAAUACAAUGGAACAGUGAUAAAUGUCCCUGCAUCACCGGGGUUAGGAAACAUGAAUUAUACAAUCUUGGAGCUCACAAGUAUGACUAAAUACAAGUUCACUCUCUUCACUGUGUUUGAAAAUGUCAGAAGCAGCGGAGUAAGCAUCACUGCAUUUACUGCACCUCCUAAUGCUAAAGAGUUCAAGUCAUUUGACCAAAAUGAGACCAGCAUAACUCUGCAGUGGAAAAAAGUGAAGGACAUCCUCAACUAUACACUUGAAUACAAUGGAACAGUGAUAAAUGUCCCUGCAUCACCGGGGUUAGGAAACAUGAAUUAUACAAUCUUGGAGCUCACAAGUAUGACUAAAUACAUCUUCACUCUCUUCACUGUGUUUGAAAAUGUCAGAAGCAGCGGAGUAAGCAUCACUGCAUUUACUGCACCUCCUAAUGCUAAAGAGUUCAAGUCAUUUGACCAAAAUGAGACCAGCAUAACUCUGCAGUGGAAAAAAGUGAAGGACAUCCUCAACUAUACACUUGAAUACAAUAGAACAGUGAUAAAUGUCCCUGCAUCACUGGGGUUAGGAAACAUGAAUUACACAAUCUUGGAGCUCACAAGUAUGACUAAAUACAUCUUCACUCUCUUCACUGUGUUUGAAAAUGUCAGAAGCAGCGGAGUAAGCAUCACUGCAUUUACUGCACCUCCUAAUGCUAAAGAGUUCAAGUCAGUUGACCAAAAUGAGACCAGCAUAACUCUGCAGUGGAAAAAAGUGAAUGGCAUCCUCAACUAUACACUUGCGUACAAUGGAACAGUGAUAAAUGUCCCUGCAUCACCGGGGUUAGGAAACAUGAAUUAUACAAUCUUGGAGCUCACAAGUAUGACUAAAUACGACUUCACUCUCUUCACUGUGUUUGAAAAUGUCAGAAGCAGCGGAGUAAGCAUCACUGCAUUUACAGCACCUCCUAAAGCAGAAGAGUUCAAGUCAGUUGACCAAAAUGAGACCAGCAUAACUCUGCAGUGGAAAAAAGUGAAUGGCAUCCUCAACUAUACAAUUGAAUACAAUAGAACAGUGAUAAAUGUCCCUGCAUCACCGGGGUUAGGAAACAUGAAUUACACAAUCUUGGAGCUCACAAGUGGGACUAAAUACAACUUCACUCUCUUUGCUGUGUUUGAAACUGUCAGAAGCAGCGGAGUGAAUCACUCUGCAGCCACUGCUCCUAGAAAUGUGAAUAAUGUGACUGUGUUGAGUCAAAAUGAGAGCAGUAUAAUUCUGAUGUGGAACAAGGUUAAAGACAUCUCAAAAUACUUCCUACAAUAUGGUAAGGAGGACUCUAUCAACAUAUCAGUGGAAGGGUCACCAGUUAAACAUGUGGUUACCUCCCUGAGUCCUGGAACAAAAUAUAACUUCACUCUCAUCACUGUGUUUGAGGGAGUCAGCAGCACUGGAUACAGAUUUGAAGCUGCCACUGUUCCCUCAAUGGUGGCUUUUGUCAAUGUGACUGAACGCUCUGUGAACAGCAUAACCCUGAUGUGGACAAAAGUGAAAAAAGACUGGGACUACUUUAUCCAAAUUAAUGAGGAAAAUUCCCAACUUUGCCUAAAUACCAUCAUGAAUGUUGUUUCCUGUUCAAUCACGUCUCUUAAGCCUGGAACAGAGUAUCGAUUCAGGGUGAUCACAGUGUUCUCUGAUCUCAACAGCACUGCUUACAAAGGCUUUACAGUAACAGCCAUAAACUGUACCGAUGUAGCCUGGCGUGUUACUAACUCAUCGAUCCAAGGACCGAUUAAAGGCUUGUUCUCGAAUGCAACAGCCACCUAUAAAUCGCAAACUCAUGUUGGUCCUGUCAGAGAUGGAAAUGUGUCAUUUAUCGGCCUUUACCCUGGUGCAACCUAUGAAGUGUCUCUUGUGUACGAAAAAUAUUCAACAUUCUUUCUGCAGUGUAGCCACAACCUGACAAUCUUGCCUCCAUAUUUAAGUGCUCACUGUGAGUACUGGGCAGCGGGCUAUUCUGUCUCUGUUGUCUGGAAUAAACCGGAUGGUGUGUGGACUUCAGUGGAAGUGAACGUGACUGGGAAACCUCACAAAGUGCUUGAAAAUGGGGAACAGCGUCUCAUAAUAUCUGGAUUCCUUCCGGCCAGAACAUAUGAGGUUUCUUUAGUUUUACUGUCUGGGACCGUAAGGAGUUCUGACCCAUUUGUUUUUUCGUGUCUUACUGAUCCAAGAGGAGUCAUUGCAGGGUCAGUAUUUGCUGUGCUGCUUUUUGGUGUCCUGGUCUGUCUGGCUGUCUUAAUUUUUUUGAAAAGACCAGAUAUCAUCAGCAGAAAAAAGCCAUUCAUUGGUGGUUCCAGACAAUCCAAUAAAAAGUGCAAAGCUAUUUCUGUGGCAAAGUUUCCAGACCACUUCUACCAAUUAUGUGUGGACGAAAACAGAGGUUUCAGCCAGGAAUAUGAGAGCCUCGUUCCUGUUGGCACAGAGCAAACACAAAAGGCAGCUAUUCUACCUGAGAACAAACCAAAGAAUCGUUUCAACAACGUCCAGCCAUAUGACUGGUGUCGGGUGAAGCUUACUACAUCCGAUCCCAAUAAAACCUCCGACUAUAUUAAUGCCAGUUACAUGCCAGGCUACAACAGCAAAAGAGAGUACAUCGCCAGUCAGGGUCCUCUGCCCUCCACAGUCAAUGAGUUCUGGAGGAUGAUCUGGGAACAAAAGGUGAAAGGCAUCGUCAUGGUAACCAACUGCACUGAGGGAGGACGGACUAAGUGUGAACGAUACUGGCCUGCAGACAGUAAGCCUUGCCCUUACGGAGAGCUGUUGGUCACCAUCAGAUCUGAGCAGCAGGAGCCCGACUGGACACUGAGGGAAUUUAGGGUGAAACAUAUGAACAACUCAGAGGAGCGCACAGUGAAACAUUUUCACUUCACUGCCUGGCCUGACCAUGGAGUCCCACAGGGCACAGAAGUCCUGAUCCAGUUCAGAAGACUGGUGAGACAGCACAUAGAGAGAGAAGGGGAUGGAGCACCAACUGUGGUUCACUGCAGUGCUGGAGUGGGGAGGACAGGCACUAUCAUUGCCCUGGACGUGCUGCUUCAGCAGCUAGAGAAAGAAAGAGCAGUGGGCAUCCAUGGCUUUGUGCACAAGAUGAGACUGAGCCGACCAUACAUGGUGCAAACAGAGUCCCAGUAUGUUUUUCUGCACCAAUGCAUCAUCGACUAUCUGCAGCCAAAUGAGAAGAAUGAAGAGAACAUAUAUGAGAAUGCCGACACGAUAUACGCCAAUGCCACUGCACUCCGAGAACUUCGUAAAACAAAUGCUUAAACUAAAGAUCGCUAGCACUAAAGUCAGUCUUUUAUGCACUUAAUGAAAAACGUAUUCUAAAUUCUACAUGUGAUAUUUUGUUAUAUAAACCGUAAAUAUGAAAGACAUUUGUCUUUUAUAUAUUUACUGUACAUGCAUAGCACUCUUCAGAUUUUAUUUAAAUGUAAAUUUGUUCCUUUCAUCUAUAAAGUAUAUUAUCUUAUCAUUAUUAAUUAUUAUUAUUAUUAUUAUUAUUAUGUGAGGGAAACACUCACUCAGAUGACCGAAGAAUGUUUUCAAAUGACAUUUAUUAACAAUAAGAAAUGUAGGUAGAAAAGAAUAAUUUUCUAUUUGUUUAAGAAAUA